UGCCUUCUCCGCCCUGAUGCGUUUUCCGUUUCCCUUAUAUUACCAUUCUCUGCUCUCUUCCUCUUCUUCUCUAUCUCCACGUUCUUUCCUUUCUUUUUCUCUUUUCUCUUUUUCUUUCGCUUCCAUGGCCCCUCCUCCUGCUGCCCCUGAAGCUCAAGAAACUGCCCCAAGAAGCACUUUCUCUAACGAUUCCGCCGCUGCUUCUCAUAUGUCCAAAGUUACUGUUGUUGGUAGUGGCAACUGGGGCACCGUUGCUGCUAAACUCAUUGCUUCUAAUACCCUCAAGCUCAAUUAUUUUCAUGAUGAAGUGCGAAUGUGGGUUUUUGAAGAGACAUUGCCAAGUGGUGAGAAGCUAUCAGAUGUUAUUAACCGGACCAAUGAAAAUGUUAAAUAUCUGCCCGGCAUUAAGCUUGGGAAAAAUGUUAUUGCAGACCCUGAUAUUGAUAAUGCAGUUAAGGAUGCAAACAUGUUGGUAUUUGUGACUCCUCAUCAGUUUAUGGACGGUAUAUGCAAGAGGCUUGUCAGGAAGAUAAAGGAUGGUGUAGAAGCUAUUUCGCUUAUUAAAGGAAUGGAAGUCAAGAUGGAAGGCCCUUGCAUGAUCUCUAGUCUUAUUUCUGAGCAGCUAGGUGUUAACUGUUGUGUGCUAAUGGGGGCAAAUAUUGCAAAUGAAAUUGCUGUUGAAAAGUUCAGCGAGGCGACAGUUGGAUUCAGAACAAACAGAGAGAUUGCAGAGAAAUGGGUUCAAUUGUUUAGUACUCCUUACUUCAUGGUCACAGCUGUCCAAGAUGUGGAGGGAGUCGAACUAUGUGGAACCUUGAAGAAUGUUGUGGCACUAGCAGCAGGCUUCGUUGAUGGUCUGGAAAUGGGGAAUAACACAAAGGCUGCAAUGAUGAGAAUUGGUCUGAGGGAGAUGAGAGCCUUAUCCAAGUUGUUGUUUUCAUCUGUUAAGGACAGCACAUUCUUUGAAAGCUGUGGUGUAGCUGAUGUCAUCACUACAUGCUUGGGAGGAAGAAACAGGAAAGUCGCGGAGGCUUUCGCAAGAAAUGGGGGAAAAAGGUCUUUUGAUGAGCUUGAAGCAGAGAUGCUGCAGGGCCAAAAAUUACAGGGUGUUUCAACAGCAAGGGAGGUGUAUGAAGUUUUAAGUCACCGUGGAUGGUUAGAGUUGUUUCCGCUAUUUGCAACAGUGCAUGAGAUCUGCAUUGGACGUCUUCCACCAUCAGCCAUAGUUGAAUACAGCGAGCACAAACCCAACUUUGCACUGGUAUGAAAGUUAGUAGAUGCCUUUUCCUGAUUUAUGCAUCUAUGCCCAGAAGAAAAGCUGGGUAGAAUUUUGGAAUUCUCUUUAUUUAGUUCACGAUAAGUUUCGUGCCAUGACAGCAAGGCUGCUUACAAAAAUGAUAGGAAGCUUCAUGGAUGAAGUCGAAGGCGGUUUAAGGUGAACAAUUCUGCCACGGUUUCUAUAGAGCGAGUUUUCUUCCUGUUGUAUUCAACAGUGAAAGUCUUUCUGAUACGCAUUGUAGACAAGUAUGUAACAGCCAUGUAGCAUGAAUAGUAAAUAAUCUUCAGAUGUUGAAGUAUUAAUGGAAGCUGAAGUUCCAAAUUCAUCAAUGUGGAAGCUAAAAUUUGAUA